CACAAGAAAAUGAUUCGUACUAGUUGUCUAUACAAAAAAAAAAAAAAAAAAAAACAUAAUACAUGUAAUUUGAUAUUUCCUUAAAAAAAUGGAUAUUUUAAUUCGAAAAUUAGCAUUGAGGGCAAUAGGUAUCCAACAUGUGGUGGGUGAACAUUUUAACUCGAAAUUAAAGCCAUUUUCAACACAUUAAAAAUAUUUUUGAUCCUUUUCCGAUUUUAUUAUAAAAAAAAAGAAAAAAAAAUCUUCAUAUAGUGAAAAAGACAAAAAAGACACAGUAAAUGCUUAGCAAUAAAGAGGAAAAUCUCUGUUUCUACUUUGGUCUUUAUAUUUACUCUUUUGCAUAGACAAGAGUCAAGUCUAGUCCCCUCUUUGCCCCCCCAACUACCUUCUUCUCUCCAAUCUUUAUUUUUAAUUAUCUUUAAACAAUAUAUAACUAGACCCCAAGUAUCUUACAUCUCAUUAGUCCCACCAAUAUUCUCUUUUUAAUUUUUUCUUUGCAGUGUUACUAUUUUUAUCUUUUUCUUCUGUAAGCACAGGCUCCAAGAUUGCUGCUUUUUUACUUGAAAUCAGUUUGAUCUUAGCUGUUUAAACAGUGGGAUAAAAACCCAAGUUUUUUUUUUGCUGCUGCAAAGUUGCAUUCUUGUUUUUUUUUUCCUCAAGAAGUAAAAUGUGUGAUACUAUGGCAAAAGAGACACUUAAGAGCCUUUGUAGAAGUUAUGGAUGGUCUUAUGGAGUUUUUUGGGGAUUUGACCAGAGAAAUUCUUUAUUAUUAACAUUGCAAGAUGCAUACUAUGAGGAACAAAUGGGAUCUGUGAUUGAUGAUAUGCUUCUACAAGUCCAUAUUCUUGGUGGAGGGAUAAUUGGCCAAGCAGCAUUUACUAAGAAACACAAAUGGAUGUUUUCAGAUGCUAAUAAUGAAAAGCAUAUUCCAUUUGGAUCAUCCAAUAAUUCCAACUUAUUCCUGGAUGAUAAUGAGUUUGAGCAACAAUUUUCAACUGGGAUCAAGACCAUUGCUGUAAUCUCAGUUGAACCAUUGGGUGUUCUGCAAUUUGGUUCUACUAAUAAGCUUCCAGAGAGGACAUGUUUUGUGGAUCAAGCAAGAAAACUUUUCCAGGGGAUGGGAGAAUCACCGACUGCAUCAAUCUGUGAGAAUCUGCAUUUUGUGAAUUCCAAUGUUUUGCCAACUGCAAACAAUGACAAAUUUAUGACGGAGUCUAGUUUUCUAGAAGAUCUCAUUCAAUCGGUAACAUGCAAUGCGGAUAAUCAGAUAAUGACUUCUGAUGUGAGUCAGUUCAAUUAUUGUAGCAACCAAUUUGAUACUCAACUACAGCAAGCAACGUUCCCAUCUGCUGAUUUCUUUACCGACGCCCACGGCUUCCAGGAUUCCUGUCUGACAUCAAACUGGGAAGAUCUCCCAUCAGAUAUGAGCAUACAAGAUUUUGAUUUAGUUCUUCCCACAGGGCCAAACCAUUUUGAAUAUGGCGCGGGUGCAACUCAAAGCUUUCAUGAGAGUACAAUAUUCGGUUCCUUAGGUGGAUUUGGAGUAUUUGCAAAUGAGAAUAAGACCACCGAGCAGUAUUGCACAAUGUCGGUGAACCAGGAUACCGCUGGCCCUCUAAAUGGAUAUAAAAUUCAAUAUCCCGCCAACCAGAGGAGUGACGGAGCAGUUAGUACUGUCAAUGAUGCUUCUGUUUCAAUUCAAAGUUCCAUCACCAAUGCAUUUAACACUGUUGAAAGCGGGGAUUGUUCAAACAUGUCUCCCUUUGAAAAAAUAACUGAUUUUAGUAAUGCUAGUGAACUCAGAUCUAGGCCAGCUAACAGGUUAUUCUCCAAACUGGGACUAGACCAGUUUCUGGAUGGUGGCGCCUUUAGCGGCUCUUGUUCAUUUGCUGGAUCCGUUUCCGAUGAUCAGUUGUCUGGAACAAAUAAGAGAAGAAAAAUUGGAAGUUCUUCAGGAUGUAAUUAUCUGCCAAAGCCCCUUGCGUUUUCUAGCUUUGAUAAACAUACAAAGUUGGUGCAGCCUGAAUGUGGUCUUGAUAGGAUAAGCAACCUCGAAGCUACGAGUGAGGUCAUCACAAAAUUGGAUGCAAGUACAUUAAUUGGAGACAGAUGCAGCAGCAUCAAAGGCAAUGAAAAAUCCUCAAAGCCUACCAAGAAGAAGAAGGCUAAACCAGGGACUCGGCCUAUUCCUAAAGAUCGGCAGCUGAUCUAUGAACGCCUAUCAGAGUUGCGAGGGCUCAUCCCUAAUGGCGAGAAGAUGAGCAUCGAUCGCUUAUUGCACAGAACAGUAAAGCACUUGCUUUUCUUGCAAGGUGUCACUAAACAUGCUGAAGGACUUAAAAAGACUGAAGAUUUGAAGGAUUCAAAAAUUCGGUUGAACUGCAAGUCUAAUGGCAAUGGAGUUACAUGGGCAUGUGAAAUUGGUGAUCAAACGAUGGUCUGUCCGCUGAUAGUUGAGGACCUUAGUACACCUGGUCAGAUGCUUAUCGAAAUACUCUGCAACGAACAGGGUUUCUUUCUGGAGAUGGUAGAUAUAAUCCGAGGCUUUGGCUUGAACAUAUUGAAGGGAGUGAUGGAGUCCCGUGAGACAAAGAUGUGGGCGCACUUUGUGGUUGAGGCUGAGGGAAACAGGCUAGUAACAAGGCACGAGAUUUUUUCGUCCCUUGUUCAUCUUUUACACUUGACGAAUGCAAGUGAAGUCGGUCUGAAUAAUCAUCUUCAGAAUAUAUCCAGUGGAAGGAAAGCUCUAAUGAAUGAUUGCCCAAAAUCAGCUUUGCCGAUAUCUGGCAGCUUACCUGAAACAAUUCGAUGUGUACUAUAGCGAACGUUGCAGUUACUAUUUUUUUGUGGUGACAUAGGACAUGUGAAGGAGCAUAUUGAGAGGAAGGUGUCUCAAAGAGUUUUUCCCUUUUAAAGAGUGUUCCUUACCCCUUAGGAUUAUCUUUUUUUUUUUCUUUUUUUUUUUCUCUCUCUCUUGGCAGAGUUUGUUUAUAUGUUGAAGCUGACUGACUUGGUAGUUACAGGUUAGUUUUGAUUUUUCUUUUCCAAUAUCUGUUGUUUCUUCUGUAACUAACUAUGAAACAUGAAUUACUGAAAAAUGUUACUACAUUUGUAUUUGCUUGACAUAUAAAGACAAGCAUCACCUUGUUGAACAUCCA